GUCAGCUGAUCCUCCUUCACCGAGUGAGGAAAUCCAUCCGAAGGAAAACAUUCUGGCUGGUUGACUGAAAACAUGGCUGCUGAGAUUCAUUCGAGGCCCCAGACCGCCAGACCGGUUCUUCUCAACAAGAUUGAGGGCCAUUCAGACUCCGUCAAUGCGGCCGUUUUAAUCCCGAAAGAAGACGGAGUGAUCACGGUCAGCGAGGACAGGACCAUCCGGGUGUGGCUGAAGAGAGACAGCGGGCAGUACUGGCCGAGCAUCUACCACACAGUCUCCUCACCCUGCUCUUGCAUGUCGUACCACCACAACAGCAGACGCAUCUUCAUUGGCCAAGACAAUGGAGCUGUUGUGGAGUUUCUCAUCUCUGAAGAUUUCAACAAGAUGAACCACAUCAAAACGUAUCCAGCCCACCAGAAUCGUGUGUCAGAUAUGGUGUUCUCCUUGGAGAGUGAGUGGGUGGUGAGUACCGGCCAUGACAAGAGUGUGAGCUGGAUGUGCACCCAGAGCGGCAGCAUGUUGGGGAGACACUACUUCACAGCGUGGGCCUCCUGCCUGCAAUACGAUCAUGAGACGCAGCACGCCUUCGUUGGGGAUUUCUCCGGACAGAUCACUCUGCUGAAGCUGGAAAAGCAGACGUACUCCACCAUCACUACACUGAAGGGACACGAAGGCAGUAUAGGAGCCCUGUGGUGGGACCCCGUCCAGAGGCUGCUCUUUUCGGGAGCCUCCGAUCACAGCGUCAUCAUGUGGGACAUCGGGGGACGCAAGGGACGGACGCUGCUCUUACAGGGACAUCACGAGCGUGUCCAGGCCCUUCGUUACCUCCAGUUAACGCGACAGUUGGUGUCGUGCUCAGCUGAUGGUGGCAUUGCAGUGUGGAACAUGGACACUCAGAGAGAGGAGGCACCUCAGUGGUUAGACUGCGACUCCUGUCAGAAGUGUGAGCAGCCUUUCUUCUGGAAUAUCAAGCAGAUGUGGGACACUAAGACGUUGGGUCUCAGACAGCACCACUGCAGGAAGUGUGGGCAGGCUGUGUGUGGGAAAUGCAGCUCCAAACGCUCCACCUUCCCCAUCAUGGGCUUUGAGUUCCCGGUGCGAGUAUGUGAUGCCUGCUUUGACACCAUCAAAGAAGAGGAUCGAACACCACUGGCUACGUUCCACGAGGGGAAACACAACAUCGCCCACAUGGACAUGGACCCAUCCAGAGGCCUGAUGGUGACUUGUGGAAGCGACCGCAUUGUGAAGAUCUGGGAUAUGACACAGGUGGUUGGCUGUAGCUUAGCAACAGGCUUCUCCCCACGCUGAUUGGCCCAGCCCACUACAUGGUACCCCUCUCACUAAAGCCCAUCCACACUCUACCAGUGUCAUGGAAACCCCCUCUCUGUACAGUACAUCACGCCUGGGAUCGUCAGCUGCUCCAGGCCUCUGUGUGCAUGUGUGUGUGUGCGUGUGCAGCCUUCCACGCCUCCUCUGCUUGUCAUAACAAAUUUAACCAGUUGUCAAUCUUAUAAAGUGUGUUGGACUGAUUUAGACCUGUUGCUCUGAUUUCAAACAGAACCCUAAGCACAAUAUGUGUGUGAGUGUGUGUUGUGGUUCCUCCUGUGGGAGGAGUGGUAUUGAUUUCUCCUCCUCGCCCAUCCUCUGUACACUUGGGUUUCAUGAUGCUGACCUUCCUCCCUGUAAAAACGCCCUCCUCCUGUUUUGUGGAAUGUUUUGUUUUCUGUGCAGAUUACUCACUGAAGGAAAGCAGAACCCUCACAGCCUGUACAUAUCCCUGCUUCAUAUGUAUAGUUGAGGCUUCGGAUGACCCUCUCUCUUCUUUUUUUGUCUUUCACUAGCUGGCCUUAACUCACUCUCAGGAGGUUUCCCAUUAGUAGGUUGUCCAUCUCUGGGCUCCUCCUGGAUGGAUGAAGGAAAUCUCUUCACACGCUCGGUGUUGCAGCCGCUGAGAUUUGAUGCAGUUGUUCAAUAUUUGCUCGACUGUGCUUACCAUCUCAUGAUCCCAGGUGGGACUUGGGAGAUUGCAUUGCCGUAGUAACAAUCAGAGACAGCAGCAUCCUGUGGUGUUGAAAAUGUGAUCACCUUAGAUUUUGUGGGUUGAAAUCUUAACACUUUACACAAUUGGAGAGGAGUUAAAAGAAUAGUACAGCACCACCCAGUCCCAGGUAGGGAUGGUUCUCGAGAACAAAAAAGGUAAAUAUAAUGAGUUUUAGUGGGUGAAACUGGUUUUCCUGCUGGCUGAAAGGCCCCCAGUUGCUGCAGAGGUACUGUUAAUCAUGGUGGUAACUGUUAAUGCAGUAAAAUCUCUGGUCAGAUCAGGGCUGCCUUAAUAAGAGGACACACACAAAGCCUUUCAGUGAUUCACCAGUGCUGACUCUUCAUCCACGCUCACCAGUCUGCACUCAUCUUCUCACUGAACGUCUCAUUUCCUUCUUUUCCCCCCCGUAAUUCUGUCCUCGGUUGUUUGUUCCGUCCUUACAUGCACUGCUGCAUCAAGAAUGUCUCACAACACUCAGCACUGCACUGAAUUGCACAAAUCAUCUUUGCUGAAUUCUAAACAUUUUUCUAAGUUGGGAGAUGGACGUGAGACUCUAGAUUAAUUUAGCGUUCCUGUAAAUAUCUCCUGAACUCACACACCAUUAGACUAACGCUUGCCUUAUGGGAAGUGGGCAGAAGCAGCAUUAAACUGUUGGAAUUCCUGAUUUUUCAGAUGUAGUCACAUUCCAGUUUUUUUCCAUCAUGUGUGUAUUCCAUGGUGUGUAUUUAUAUUUGUAGUAAAGUAUUUAUCAGUGUAAAAUGUUUGUUUACUUUUCUGUGUCAGUCUAGUUGUCUUGAUUUCUGUGUAAUAAAGUAGAACAUGUUAAAUCCUGUUUUUAAGAAGCACAUAAAAAAACCAAGUGGGGUCAUUUUUUUCCCAGAGUGAUUGUUAAUGAGGUAACAGGAGCUUCAUUCAUCAUAUUUAUAUGUCACACAGUUUGGUUCUUGGGGUUGGACUGCCUUCAGCUUCGGCUAAAAUCGGAAGAGCUGAACUGGUUGAUGUCCCAGCUCUGUGCAAACAGGCUGCAGACAGAGGGGUGCUACAAGAAUCUGCCUAUUUACAGCUACUAGUUAUUUUUAUAGUGUUUGAAUAAAUUAAUGAUGAAGAUGUAAAGUCUCUGCAUCUGUCUAAUCUGUUCAGCCCCAAGCAUCAGUGUUCAUCAGUUCAUCUUUAGAUUAACUGAGUCCCAGGAAGAAAGUGGUGGAUUCUUCUGUGUUCUCCGUGAAUGAUUUCCUUUGCUCUUUGCUUUAACACCAGAGUGAAUGGCAUUGCUUCUGAGAUACCGUGGCCCAUAAUCUCAAACGUUGUAAUGAUUUCUUUUCUUUUGAAACGGUUCACUGUUCCAGCAGGAUGUUGAUGUAAAUCUGCAAACGAGUGUAUUUUUAAAUCCUUUUUGUUUUGCUCUCCCUGUGACCUCAGACUGGAGCACAGAGAAAACCAUGCUUAAUAAAGAUAUUUGAUAUGUU